GCGACCGCCUUGGUCAGUACCUCGCAAAGCCCUGUAGUGUACAAACGGAACGAUGAAGUGCAUAACGUUUUUUAUAUUUACGAUCGCGUCGUGUUAUGCUAACAUAGAGUUUAGUGCAAGGCCAAGAAAUUUUAGCAUAGAACUAUUAUAUCAUACUCAACGAGAAACAGAUGGGCAUGUUGUCAUAUCGCCCUUUGGAAUAUGGAGCUUGAUGGCUGGUGUAGCACUUGGAACGUCCGCAAACAGUAGAACAGAACUAACGAGAGCGUUUAUUUUACCGUCUAAUCAAAAUGAGAUUAUAAAUGGUUAUGCGAACUUAACUAAAACAGUGCUGGAUCCAUCCACAAAAGGAGUCACCUUAUCAACUCGAAACUUUCUUUUCCUAGAUAAUGGUUUCAACAUAUUUGACGAUUAUAGAAGAACGCUGACAACAGAUUUUGGUGCUAUGAUUAAAAAUCUAGAUUUUAAAGACCCAGCAUCAGCUGCUCGUAUAGCGAAUACACUAAUUGAAGACUCUGGUGCAUCUGUUUCAAAUGUGCUGCGUUCAGAUGACUUCGCGGAAUCAAGGAUGAUCUUGACCAAUGUAAUUUCAUUCAAAGGUCUAUGGUCAUCGCCUUUCAACACAUCGGAAACGACAGUGGAAUCAUUUUAUGACGAGAAUAAAAAUGUGCUUGGCAAAGUGAACAUGAUGUAUCAAAGAGCGCCAUUGCCUUACUCCCAUAUAAAGGAAAUGAAAGCCUUUGUAUUGCAGUUGUCAUACGGUAAUGAUGGAAAAUAUUGUAUGCUAAUUGUUCUACCGUACCCAAAAGUUAAAGUUACUGAUGUGUAUUCCAAAUUCGCAACUAUAUCAUUCAAAGAGAUAUUCGACAAAAUCGAUAACGACGUGAAAGAAUUCGGACUGGAAGAUGUCGACGUGAAAUUCCCUAGGUUUAAAAUAAGCACAAACCUUGUUUUGAACAAACCGUUGAACCAGAUGGGUGUUUACGACAUAUUUAAUUCGAAGAAGGCCAACUUUCAGAAGAUAACAAAGGAAGAAAUAUAUAUUUCCGCGAUAGUACACAAAGCGGACAUAGAGGUCACGGAGUCUGGAACCGUGGCUUCGGCUUCUACGUCGGCGUUUUUCGCAGAUCGCAUCUCCACUCCAAAUUUCGAGGCCAACAGGCCUUUUAUAUACUUUGUGAUGGAAAAAUCGACCAGUACUGUGAUAUUUAGUGGAAUUUAUUCUAAGCCAAGUAUUUUUUAGAUGACGUAACUCUAAAGUGUUUUUGUAGGAACAUUUUUUGUACUUGGUUAGGUAGAUAUGUGUAUGAAAAUUAUUGUCGUUUUGCAGUUUGCGCUAUUUGAUGCUUAUUGAAAUAACAAAAAUACUAGUCAGUAUUUCUGUUGCUUUUGUUGAUUGUGAUAAUAUCAUCUUACUUCAGUGUAAUGUGAACAAGACUGAAAUAUGUGUGUCAUGAAAAUAUGUAUUUGUUAAUUAAAAUUAUCAUAAACAUUUA